AUGACCAAAGACACACCAGAGGAGUUGCGUAAGCUCAUAAAAAAACGAACUACAAUUAAAGCAUCCGUGGAAGUCAUCCGUAAUUACAUCAGAGAUUUUGAUCCCAAAACAAAAUCCAUACGUCAAGUGCAGACUAGGCUGACUAAGCUUAUAGAUUAUGGUAUGUCCUUUGAUGAAGUUCAAACAGCAAUUGUCGAGUUAAACCUUGGUCAAGAAGAAGAAUCAUUACAUCUUCAAUUUGAGGAUGAUCAUAAUACUCUUAGAGCUGAUAUGGAAGAUCUGAUUGCCAAACACAGCCCGACAGACUCUUCCAAUGUUUCACAUUCAUCCACUGGAGAAGCAUUGAGGUUACCCACAAUUCAACCUCCAAUGUUCAAGGGGAAUCUUGAGGAUUGGUCUUCGUUCUUUGACACAUUCAAUGCGCUCUUCCACAACAACACGGCAUUAAACGAUGUUCAGCGCUUGAAUUAUUUAAAGACUAGUGUGUCAGGUCCAGCCGCGGAUAUAAUCAAAAACUUUUCAAUCACUGCGGAAAACUACCAAGUAGCCUAUGAUGAGUUAGUACGCCAGUAUGAAAAUAAAGGUCUUACCAUACAAUCACAUAUUCGCGCCUUACUUCAUUCUCCUAAAGCCAACACUGCUUCAGCUGCAGAUCUCAGAGUAUUGCAUCACCAUGUGUCAUCUCAUGUCCGUGCACUUAAGGCUUUGGGGCAGCCAGUGCAGUCAUGGGAUGCAUGGUUGGUAACUCUUAUAUGUGGACAACUAGAUGCAACAACUGCCGGUGAAUGGCAACUCAGACAGGACACUAAAGAACUUCCAACGUAUGCAAGUAUUGAAUCAUUUCUUUCCAAACGGGUUGCUGCAUAUGAAGCGGGUAUCAUCUCAAACGCAAUUGACAAACCAGCAAAGGCAAAACCUGCUGCGCAUAAUAACAAGGCAUUCUUUACACGGUCUAAAGGAUCAAAAUGUCCACUUUGUUCUGCAACUCACAAGCUAUAUUCAUGCGACCAGUUCAACAAAAUGACCAUCCCAGAAAGACGAAAAACAAUCACAAGCCUUAUGCUCUGCUACAAUUGUUUAAAUGCCGGUCACAAAGUUGAAUCUUGUUACUUUCCUAGCUGUCCAAAAUGUGGACUACGCCAUAAUUCCAAAAUACAUGAUGAUAGUGUUGUCAUUGCAGAUUCCAAGCCAGCUGAUAAUGAACAACACACUGAUCAAACCACUCAUACUGUAUUAUUUACUAAUCCUGUUGCUCAAGUUACUCAGCCAAGCCCAGCAGAUGUGGUAAUGUUAGCCACAGCGGUCAUUUACAUACGCAAUCAGUAUGGUCAACAAUACAAAUGCCGCGCAGUGUUGGAUUCCGGAUCUCAAUUAAAUUUUAUUGAUCAAAGGUUUGCUAAUAGGCUAAGAUUAAACCUAUUCAAAAAUGAUUUCAACAUCAUUGGUGUGAGCUCCAUGUCUUCAUCAGCACAGUACCAUUCUCAAACUAUUAUAUCUUCUUGCCAUGGUAUUCCUGAUCACCUAAAGGCACAUUUAGCUGACCCUCAAUUUGACAUUCCGGGCCCUAUAGAGGUCCUAUUAGGUGCUGAUAUAUUUUUUAGCAUUCUUGGAUCUGGUAGAUGGCCAUUGUCCAAGCACUCGGCGCUGUAUCAAACAGAUUUUGGUUGGAUAGUUGCGGGAAAGCUCCCCAUUCUUUCAUGUAAUAAUAUUUCAUCACUCACCGUUCAUAGUGAUUCUGCCCUUUCAUUGUACACUUCCAAUACUGUUAAUAAAAGGAGUGAAGAAAUCAAAGCAGAAACCAUAUUCAUGUCUACAUAUACUCAAAAUGCCAUGGGAAGAUUUAUAGUGAAACUGCCAUUGAAUCAGGACCCCUCCUGCCUUGGUGAUUCCCGAGCGAUGGCAACAAGAAGAUUCCUAAACCUGGAGAAGCGGUUGAUAAAAGACUCAGCAUUAGCUGAAAGUUACACGGCUUUCAUGAAUGAAUACAUGGACUUGGGUCACAUGGUAUUGGCUGACCUAGACUUUAAAGGACCAACAUAUUACCUGCCACAUCACGCUGUUUUUAAGUCGGACAGUUCUACGACCAAGGUUCGUGUAGUGUUUGACGGUUCUGCCACUGCCUCAUCUGGUCUGUCAUUGAAUGACAUUCUUAUCAAAGGACCCAAGGUACAGCCUGACUUAGUAAAAAUUCUUUGGCGAUUCCGAAUUCAUAAUAUAGCCAUAACAGCCGACGUAGCAAAAAUGUACCGGCAAAUUCUAGUAUCUCCUGAGGAUUGCAAUUUGCAAAGAAUAAUUUAUCUUUCCAGUCCUGAAGAAUCAUUGCAGGAAUAUAAAUUGACCACCGUUACAUAUGGUACUAAAUCAGCAUCUUAUUUAGCAACUCGAUGCCUUCAUCAGGUUUCGUUGGACACCAACAACAGUUUAAUGAAGCGCAUCAUCUCCCAAGAUUUUUAUGUCGAUGACCUCCUAAGUGGUGGCAAAACGGAAGAGGAGUGUUUUGAAAUACAUAACCAGAUUCAGCUAGCCCUAAACGAUGUGGGAUUUCCUUUGCGAAAAUGGUGUUCUAGCUCGCAAUCACUUAUGAAUCGUUUACCUGAUGCAGCAGAUGAACCCAAUUUCAUGGUCAAUCUGAAUGAGCAAGACACGAUUAGUGCACUCGGUUUAUUAUGGCAACCAAUCACUGACACGUUUCAUUUUUCUGUGAAAGAUUGGUCUCCACCAGCAUUCAUGACCAAACGAAGUCUAUUAUCUGACAUAAAUAGUAUUUAUGAUCCUAUUGGCCUAAUCACUCCAGUGCUUAUAGUAGGCAAAAUAUUUUUACAGCAGCUAUGGACUUUUAAAUUAGGCUGGGAUGACAUUCUAUCCAAAGAUUUGCAAGCUAGAUGGGCAAAAUUUUAUGUUGGGUUACAGUCUCUGAAACAAUUGAAAAUACCCAGAAGGGCAGUACCAGUUGAACAUACCCGAUUAGAAAUUCAUGGAUUUUGCGAUGCCUCCCAAGAGGCAUUUGGUUGUUGCAUUUAUAUUAAGUCUAUCUCUACUACAGGUAAUGUCAAUAUCAGCUUAUUCACCUCUAAAUCCAGAGUGGCGCCUAUUCAAGCAUCAACAAUCCCGAGGCUGGAGCUAUCUGGAGCAUUACUACUGGCUGAGUCUUUAUCUGAUGUAUUAGUGGAAUUGAAUUUGUUAAAUAUAACUGUAUCGCCUUCAAAUAUAUAUCUUUGGUCGGAUUCUACUAUUGUCAUUUCAUGGAUAUGCAGUAACAGUCUUUUCCAAGUGUAUGUUUCAAACCGUUUGGCUCGUAUUCAUGAUUUAACUAAGCCCCACCAAUGGUUUUAUGUACCCACUUCAGAUAACCCUGCUGAUCUCAUCACAAGAGGUGUAGACGCUAGCUCAAUUUCACACUCAAAACUAUGGUGGCAUGGACCUGAAUGGUUAAGUCAAGAAAGUACAUCAUGGCCUAUUACUCCAAGUCUAAUCAGUGAGCUUCCCGAACUCAGACCAGUUAAACUAGUACUAACCACAAUUCCGCCUGUAACAAGUUGGAUCUCAGAGUCAUAUUCUAAUUGGAUGAAGCUAUUGCGCAUAACAGCGUUAGUAAAAAGGUUCAUUUUCAAUUGCAAGUUCAAUUCCAAGAAAAAGAAUCAACCGGCAAACGAAAGAAUGGUUGGAUUUAUUUCAGUUCAUGAGAUACAGUCAUCAAGAUAUUUUUGGCUCUCAAAAGCUCAGUCAGAUAAUUUUCCUGAUGAGAUAGCUGCACUCACGGCCAAUAAAUUAGUUCUGCAUCGAAGCUGUCUGAAGCAGCUGAAUCCAUUUCUUGACAAAUUUGGCUUAAUUCGGGUAGGUGGUCGCCUUGCCAAUGCCCCCAUUGCUGAUUCCAAAAAGUACCCAAUAGUCCUUCCUUCAAAGGGUACAAUCACAAAAUUGAUUUUCGAAUAUGAACACCGCAGACUAUUGCACGUAGGACCUCAAGCGUUGCUAGCCCAUAUUAAUAACGAAUAUUGGCCCAUCCGAGGCAGAAUAAUCGCAAAGCACACAGUAUCCAACUGCAUUCAGUGUUUCCGUUCACGACCAAAGUUCAUUCCACCAUUCAUGGCACCUCUCCCACGAGAACGCGUUACAGUCGAAAGACCAUUCUCUCGGGUUGGGGUGGAUUAUUGUGGUCCAUUUACCAUACGGAGUGGUUUACGUAGAAUAGCACCUACCAAAGGAUAUGUUUGUGUUUUUGUAUGUCUAGUGACCCGGGCUGUACACUUGGAGCUCGUUUCUUCACUGUCUUCAGAGGACUUCCUUGCGACAUUGACCAGAUUUAUGUCUAGGCGUGGCCAGUGCGCACGGUUGUUCAGUGAUAAUGGGACAAAUUUUGUGGGUGCGAAUCGUGAGUUGUUAAGUAAGUUUCGUGAAUUUAACCGUAAUAACAAAACUCACGAAUUCCUCUCCGCUCGAAGUAUUACUUGGCAGUUCAUUCCGCCUUCCUCCCCUCACUUUGGCGGACUUUGGGAAUCAGCUGUGAAGUCUGCAAAAAAGCAUUUGUACUGCAUUUCCAAAGGAGUCAGCAUGACGUACGAUGAGACUACAACCCUCCUGUGUCAAAUUGAGGCUGUCUUAAAUUCCCGCCCGUUGACACCAUUAUCCACUUCACCAUCAGAUUUCACUGCCCUUACUCCGGGCCAUUUCCUUGUUGGAGGACCUUUGAUGCUUCCACCUGAGUUGGAUCUGUCAACAGUCCCUCACAACAGAUUGAAACGUUUUAAACUAAUGCAGGCUCAAAUGCAACAUUUUUGGAAGCGUUGGUCUACUGAAUAUUUGCCGCAAAUCCAAAAACGAGGAAAAUGGACCAAACCAACCAAGAACUUCCAAGUUGGAGAUCUAGCAAUCUUAAAGGAUGAUUUGCUACCUCCAAUUCACUGGAAUUUGGUACGUGUAGUAAAGGUGCAUCCUGGACUAGACCAAAUUGUUAGAGCUGUUACCGUGCUUAAUUCCUCUGGUGUGGAACUCAAACGUCCAGUGGUGAAACUGGCUCUACUACCCACAUCAGCUGACGAAGACGUCGAACCUUUUAAAGUGUAA